ACGCAACGGGCAAACCGUGUAGGAACGUGAAUCAUCUGGCGAAGCGAACCGUUCUUUACAUUAUUUACAUCUCGCACGCUGUCGCUGCAGGAAGGUGUAUCGCGGUACGGUCCCGGUCUCCGGUUGAUUUUUUGUUGUUGUUGGUUGUUGUUCAGGCCAGUAAAUUGGUGCAGUUAGCGUGAUGAAUGUUGGUCGUGUGGUUAGAUUAGUGAAAUUACUUUAGUGCGUUCAGUGAUGGUGUGAUGAUGAGGGUGUUGUGGUGUCGCUGCUCGUGAUCAGUUUUUGGGACGGUAGACGAUGGUGUGUAAAUAAUCGAAAGUAAAACGUUUGCUUUUCAACAAUUACUAAAAGUGUGUUAAAAACGUGCCAGAAGUCAAUCGAUCACCGUAAACGUGGGAAGUGCUGUACAGUGAGUGACACACGGGUGGCCCGGACGCACAGUAUUGUUGCUAUGUGAAAAGUGAGCAGAGUAGGCAAUUAGGAAGAAGAGUAUAUGAAAAGUAGUGCUAGUUUUAGUGGUAUUGAAGGUAAAAUUGGCCGUCCCCGGAUCGAAAGCCUCUCAAACGGCCAAAGUGAAGCAGCAGUCAGUGUAGUUCGCGUUAGUAGCUAGUGUGUACACAAAUCCAGUGCCAAAACGUCCGUAGUUAGGUUUUGCUGAAAUUGGGUGCAUUUACUUCUAAACAACGUGCCUUUUGUUGUUAGUGUGUGCGUGACGUAGAUACACUAUCCGAAAAUGACGUUACCAGAAUUUCUCAACCCAACGACGGCCCAGGUGGCCGAACUGAGGCAGAUGUUCAAGGAGAAGCUAGAAAAGGAUGCAGCCAAAGUUCCAGUCGGUGGUUUCCACGAGCACGAUAUGCGGUGGGUUUUCGAGGGCGACGGUUGGUUGACCAAGUUCCUGGAAAACAAUGACCUAAACAUGAAGGACUCGCUGAAGCAGCUGUGGGAAACGAUGGAAUGGAGAAAAGCAUCGGGCAUCAAUGAAAUUCGCGAGGACAACAUUCGCAUGGAAUACAUCCACGACGGUUUGAUGUAUCCCCGGGGCCGGGACGUUGACGGCAAGACGGUGUUCAUCUUCAAAUCGAAACUGUACGUCCGGGGGACCCGCAACCUGGACGACCUCAAGAAGUGCUUCCUGUACUGGAUCGAACGAAUCAUUCGCGAAGCGAACGAUGAUCUAGUGACGAUCGUGUUCGAUCUUACCGAUGCGGGCCUUAGCAACGUCGACAUGGACUACACGAAGUACAUUAUAAACACGUUCAAAAACUACUAUCCCUGCUCUCUGAACUACAUUCUCAUCUACGAUCUUCCAUGGAUUUUAAACGCAACGUUUCAAAUCAUCAAAAAGCUUCUGCCCGCCAAAGCCGUAGACCGGUUACGGAACAUCAGCAAUAAAAAUAUACGCGAGUAUAUCGACGACGACAACAUGCCGCGGAGCUGGGGCGGCAAGGACGAUUACGUGUUUGAGUUUAUUCCGGAACGGCGAAGAUCGAUGGAGUUACCGCUAAUGCAGAACGGUAUGCAGAAUGGAAUCCUCUCGAAGAAGGUUCACUUCGCCAACCUCAGCCCACCAGAAUCACCAAUGCUCGAAAAAGCGAACAGCAGUUUUCCGGAAAGCAGUGAAGGUGAAAUGUUGCGGAUAAAGCCACAGAACACCAUUACGUUCUCCAAAACGGGCAACGAACUGGUCGGCACGGUUGAAAUUACCAAUGUGGACACGAAGGAUGUGUCUUACAAGGUUAAAACUACCGCACCGGACAAGUUCCGCGUGCGCCCCAGUACAGGAUUUUUGCCCCCAUCGGCAAGCGUUACGAUAAACGUAAUGUUACAGCACGGUCAACAGAUACAUACAAUCAAUAGGGAAAAGUUUUUGGUCAUGUGCAUCGGACUGACGGACGAAAAUGCUACCAGUCCGCAAGAACUGACCGAGCUGUGGAAGAACAUUUCCGCCAAGGAUGCAUCGGUGGAGCUGCACCGCUUGAAGUGCGCGCUGCCAGUCAACUUUGAUGAAAGUGGGCUCGAAUCGAUGUUCGGCAGCACGGUGGGCAAGAUGUCCGCCACCGGUACCGAUCAGUACGGUGCGAUGGGUGGUGGAAUGUAUGAUCGAAGCGGCGGCAUGAUGAAUAUGAGCGGAGAAAAGCUGAGCAUACUGCAGCAAACCAUCACCCAUCUGCGGGAUACGACGUAUCGGCUCGAGAUGCAGGUGAAACGGAACCAUCGCUUCCAGUGGAUCACCUGCGUGCUGUUCAUUCUGCUCGCUAUAGCCAUCGUGUACAUACUGAAGAUAGAGAUCAAAAGUAAUGCAUCGGAGAUGUGCAGCAGUUCCGAAAGGCAUCAUUGAAUGGUGCCAUUUAGUGUGCGCGACGCUCUUUGCUUCCCUAAAACCCCCUGCCCACGAGCUUUUGAGCUUUAUCAUUCCCGGGAUCUAUCUUUUCGUUCAGUUUCUGUUUCUGUUUCUGAUAUUUUUUCCGCAAUCACAAGAGGUCAUCAUCACCUUUCGGUUUUCGUGAAACGAGGAAGAAGGUACAAUAGCUUGCCACACAGAGUUGGGUGUUUUGUUUGUUUUAAUACGAUAGUGAAUAAUAAUUCCCUAGGUUCUUGUGUCUCUUUUGUACGGGUGAAUAUGUUGUCCUUCGUGUGUCUCCUAACGGUAGGGUUAUUUUAUGCAUUAAAUUAUUUGUUAGUUAAUCGUAGAAUACCCAAUUUGUUGUUUAAUCGCCAUCUCCUAAAUUCUGCACGAACCAAACGGUGGAGAGACGUGUGUUCGUGUUGAGAAUAAAC